CAAAUACCAGCUAUUGUUAUAUCUGCAAGUUUUCUCGUUAGCCACACAUCUGAUUUUGAGUAUAUAUUUUAAGACCAAGACUUUUGAGCAUCGUAACUUUGCGCUGAUCGGCUGUUUCAGAUUAUCACGAGCCCAACCAUACACGUGCUUAGCAUAGGUAUACCAGGCUUCAUCACUAAGCAGCCAGAUACAACUACAGCACAUUCUGCUUCAAAACCCUUCAUUAAAAGCUCACUCUAAUUCAAAUGGCCAAAUCAAAAUCAUCCAAAUCAUCCGCACCAGCUCAAGCCGCCCCUCCACCCCCACCAUCAUGGCCGGUCUUUAAACCACCCUUGCCUGUGGUCGAGCUGUAUCCAGAGCUUCAUCCCGCGACGUCCAACCUCAUUCUUCUCUCGUCCUUUUUCCCUCGCUCCCUCUGCCGCGAUUACGUCGCAUUUUUAAAAACGCUACCACUACAGACCACUCCUUCACGGCCCAAGAAGGGAGAAGCAGUCCGCGUCAAUGAUAGGUUCCAGAUCGACGAUCCGGCAUUCGCACUCCGAUUAUGGGAGACCACUGGACUAAAAGAAGUUAUCUUGGAGAAUGAAACCAUCAAGGACCUAUGGGGCGGCGAGCCCGUAGGCCUCAACCCAAACAUUCGCAUCUACCGCUACUCCAAGGGCCAGUACUUUGACUGCCAUUACGACGACUCCAACUACCUAGUUCUUGAUUCUGUCCCCGUCAAAACUACUUGGACGCUCCUCCUGUACCUCACUUCCUCUGCCGAGGGUUGUAUUGGUGGCGAGACGGUCUUUUAUCCCCACGAUCGCAAGUCUGCUGCUGAAGAAAUCGCAGUAUCGCUUGAGACGGGCAUGCUGCUAUUGCACAAGCACGGUGAUGAUUGUCUGCUACACGAGGGACGGGAAGUUCAAGAUGGAGAAAAAUGGGUUUUGAGAACCGAUUUAUGUGUGCGUCGGGGCUGAAAUGAUACGUCUGGGCACGGAAAAAUACUAAUUCACCAAAUUGAGCAUUGGGCACGGGAUUGCUAGCAUUGAUAUUGAUUAGCAUGCGUACGAAUAACAGACCGAUAAAGCAAUCCCGUCCGAUAUUGACGUCCUGAGAUGCAUCCACUACGAUGCCUGUCUUCUACCUACUCCGAAAUAAGCCUCAACAGGGCAGAAGAAGGACUGAAUAUCCCGAUAGCGAGAAUAGAGAAGAACAAAGUAACUACGUAUCAACGACCCUAAAAUUGGCCAAACCCCCCAAAGUCAGUCAAGGAGGCCGAUGCUGCCGCCGUAUUUUCUUCAAAUUGAGCCAGAGUAUACUCUUUAAUAUCGCUCAUAGCACCAUUCU